GAGUGCACUAUACGACUGGGGCAGGUAAUUUAGAGCAUGAGGGAAGAAAGCAAAAGCUUACAGCAAAAAGCAACAAGCGAAAAAAGGGAGGGAGAGAAGGAGAACGUGUGUAUAGAAGAGGACAUAAACAGUGACUGAGUGACAGAUUUCCUAUAGGAGUGUUGAGGAGUCAACUGAAGGGCAUAAGAGUUCUUCAGAAGAACAGUUCACUUCCAGAAAGGAGAAUAAACUGGACCUUCUUAGCCACCGAGUUACACCAGCUUACCCACAUCUUGCAUAUUAAAGGACGUGCUUGAGGCCUGUAUAAUGGCGGAGGCUCAUCAGGCAGUGGGCUUCCAGUUCACUGUCACACCUGAUGGCAUCGACCUGCAGCUGAGCCGUGAGGUGCUCAAACACAUCUACCUGUCUGGAGUGACAUCAUGGAAGAAACGCGCCAUACGCUUCAAGAACAGUGUCCUCACAGGCGUAUACCCCGCCAGCCCCUCCAGUUGGUUAAUCGUAGUUAUCGCGAUAAUGAGCACCAUGUAUGCCAGGAUAGAUCCGUCCAUGGGCAUGAUUGACAGAAUCAAGACAUCUCUACCAGUGAGUGAGUUUAUGAGCGUGCAGACUCAAACGGUGUUGAGUGCAAUCCUGUUCGCCACAGGUGUGUGGGUAUCCCUCAUUAUCCUGCUGCGUUAUUUCCUGAAAGCUCUGCUGUCCUAUCACGCUUGGAUCUUUGAGUCACACGGAAAAAUGAGCUUCUCUUCAAAAGUCUGGCUGAGUCUUGUCAAGCUGUUGUCUGGACGCCGGCCGUUGCUUUACAGCUUUCAAGCAUCUUUGCCUCGUCUGCCUGUACCAUGUAUUGAUGACACUAUCAGCAGGUAUCUAGAAUCAGUUCGACCUCUUCUGGAUGAUGAACGAUAUAAACAUAUGGAGACUGUUGCUAAUGACUUCAAGAAGGAUCCUGCACCCACAUUCCAAAAAUACCUUGUACUUAAGUCUUGGUGGGCCACAAAUUAUGUGAGCGACUGGUGGGAGGAGUAUAUCUACCUGAGAGGACGAGACCCCAUUAUGGUCAACAGCAACUUCUACACUAUGGAUUUUCUCUAUGUGAUCCCAACACACAGACAGGCUGCACGUGCAGGAAAUGUAGUUCAUGCCAUGCUGCAGUAUCGCCGUAAACUGGAGAGAGGAGAGCUUACACCGCUGAUGGCUCUUGGCAUUGUGCCCAUGUGCUCUUUUCAGUAUGAAAGAAUGUUCAACACAACCCGUAUCCCUGGCAUUGAGACCGAUUUUGUGCAGCACCUGAAAGACAGGAAGCACAUGGUGGUGUAUUAUCGAGGUCGUUUCUUUAAGGUGUGGCUGUACUAUGGUGGUCGUCACCUUUGGCCUUCAGAGCUGGAACAGCAAUUUCAACGUAUCCUUGAUGACAACUCUGAACCUCAGCCCGGAGAGCUCAAACUCGCCGCACUUACAGCUGGGAACAGGGUUCCCUGGGCAAGGGCUCGUUUAAAGUACUUCAGUGAUGGGGUCAACAAGGCGUCCCUGGAGGCCAUUGAGACGGCAGCGUUUUUUCUGACCCUGGACGAUGAGGCACAUGGAUAUGAUCCGGAAAAUACACACUCCUUGGACCUAUAUGCUAAAUCUUUGCUGCAUGGAAAGUCCUAUGACAGGUGGUUUGAUAAGUCUUUUACUUUGAUUGUUUACAAGAACGGUAAAAUGGGCAUCAACACUGAGCAUUCAUGGGCUGACGCCCCCAUUAUUGGACAUAUGUGGGAGUGCAUAUUGGCAACGGAUUGUUUCCACCUGGGAUACACCGAAGAAGGACAUUGCAAAGGAGAUGUCAACAAAGGUCUGGCUCCCCCUUCCAGACUACAAUGGGACAUCCCAAAAGCGUGCCAGGAGAUUAUUGAAGGUUCAUACAUGGUUGCGAAAGGGAUUGCCGACGACGUUGAUUUCCAUGGCUGUUUGUUUACUGAGUUUGGAAAGGGACUGAUAAAGAAAUGCAGAACAAGUCCAGAUGCUUUUAUCCAGCUGGCACUGCAGCUUGCUCAUUAUAGGGACAAAGGUGAGUUCUGUCUGACUUACGAAUCAUCGAUGACUCGCAUGUUCCGUGAGGGUCGGACAGAAACCGUGCGCUCCUGUACCUGCGAGUCAACGGCAUUUGUAAGAGCAAUGGAGGACAAGAAAAGUACGAAUGAGCAGAGGCUUGCACUCUUCCGGAAAGCCGCUGAAAAGCAUCAGAACAUGUACCGCCUGGCCAUGACGGGAGCCGGUAUCGACCGCCAUCUCUUCUGCCUGUACAUUGUGUCUAAAGUAAUGGACAUAGACUCACCAUUCCUCAAACAGGUUUUGUCUGAACCCUGGCGUCUCUCCACCAGUCAAACCCCUCAACAGCAGCUCAAUCUUAUUGACAUUCAGAAGUUUCCUAAAUAUGUGGGAGCAGGAGGCGGCUUUGGGCCUGUUGCCGAUGAUGGUUAUGGUGUUUCUUACAUCAUUGUCGGAGAGAAUCUCAUCACAUUCCACAUUUCCAGCAAGUUCUCCAGUCCAGAGACGGACUCUUUUCGCUUUGGGCAGAACAUCAAGCAGGCCAUGCUGGAUAUAAGAGCUCUAUUCAACCAAAAAGAGAACAAAAUGUCACUUCAACAAUAAAAACAGGAAGCUUCAACUUUAAAGUUGGCCCAUGGAAAGCACUAGUCAUAAAACAAGUAUUAUGCAACCAUAAAGCUGAUAUAAAACAAAUAUUACACAAUACACGUUAUCAAGAACGCAAACAUGUAAAAACACUCAUUUCCUUAAUGAAACGGGCAUCUGUGCACUUAAGACACUGUAGUGAUGUUGUUGCUGACAAAUGUACAGAAAAUGAAAAGUUUGUCAUGCAUUUAAUUGUAAAUACUGAGUAUUUGUCAUCUGUGGUUUUUGUCAAUUCACUGUAAAUAUUUCAUAUGUCCAUAUUGUUUUUAAAAUGAUGAAUUCUGUAUUUAAUUAAAAGGGAACUCUUCAGGA